AUGGCCCACAAGAGAGCAAUUGAAGCUUUAGAUAGGACUCUUCAGGACAUCAGAUGUAACAGAAAACGUAUGGGUGGAGUCACGCUUUUAAUGGCUGGAGACUUAAGACAGACUUUGGCUGUUGUACCAAGAGGAACUCGAGCUGAUGAAGAAAAGCCUUCGGUGGACUCUGUGGUGGAAAUAGAAGAUGCGGUACACUACCCAGUAGAGUUCGUGCACACGCUUAAUCCUCCAGGCAUUCCACCACAUCAUCUUUACCUCAAAGUUGGAGCUCCAAUAAUGUUCCUUAGGAACCUGGUUCCACCUAAGCUCUGCAACGGAACUAGGCUACAAAUAAAAGCGUUGCACAGACACGUUAUACAAGCCGUAAUAUACACUGGAUGGGGCCAGGGGGAAGAGGUUUUUUAUCCCACCCAUUCCCUUAAUUCCAUCGGAUUACCAUUUUAA